UUCAGUUUCAUAGAUGUUGCAAAGAAAAUACAGGAGGAAGGUUUCGAUUGGUACAGUCUGAAAAUCUACUACCCCAUCCGUAUCGGCGAGGUCUUCCAGUCACGUUACGAAGUGCUGACAAAAUUGGGCUACGGAAGGACCCCUGAAAUAUCCGCACCGGGGCGUCUUAGGGAUCAUAGAUACGUAGCGCUCAAAGUGUGUAUAAGCGAUUAUCCUAGCGUUGCGCGCGAAAAGGGCGCUUAUAAUCGCUUACGCUCACUUCGCGAGUCACCACUCAUCCAAAAAUGCUGGGACAGCUUCACGAUACAAGGCAGAGAGGGUGCUGUUCAUGAAUACCUCGUGCUCGAGCCACUCUGUUCAAAUCUAGCCUACUUUGGAAAGCACGUCGCUUCGGGAUGGGAGAAUCUUGAGUUAUUCCGUGCUACGGCCACGCUCGUUUUCGACGCUCUAAGGUUCCUCCACACCGAGGCUCACCUGAUUCAUUGCGACCUCCGCGAGGAGAACUUCCUCCUGAGAACGGCUAGUGAUGGUGUCUUUCAAGCAUUAGAAGAGUACGAAGCUAGGGAACCAUCCCCGCGCAAAGUCGACGGCGAGCAUGUAGUGCACACUACCUCGGUUGCGAUGUACCCGGACGACAUCACGGGCAUUGUGCUGACGGACUUUGGCGAGACCCGUCCUGGGGAUGCUUCGACGCUUUACAACGACGACAUCCAGUCAUUGCCAUACCGAGCGCCAGAGGUUCUGUUGGACAUACCUUUCUGGUACCCUGUUGAUGUAUGGAACGCCGGCGUUAUGCUCUGGCACAUGUUCGAGGCAAAGCCCCUUUUUCAUCCGUUCACUUCGAAAGGCGAACCGUGGAACGUGCUUCACCUGCGGCAGAUGGUGAACGUGAUGGGGCUGCCUCCGUUACGCCUGCUUGAGCGAUCUAUCAACCCGGAGUGGAUCCACAAGCAGUAUUUCGAUAGGGACGGGCAGUGGAUCGGUGUUAUCCCCGUCCAUUCGGAUAGGGGGCUGGAAUGGCGGGAGAAUCGGCUGCACGGCGAGGAGAGGGCAGAGUUCUUGCGCUUCAUGAGGAGAUGCUUGCAGUGGGAGCCGGAGAAGAGAGCCACUGCAGCUGAACUAUGUGAGGACCCGUGGCUCAAACCCGCGACCGAGGAGACUGUUGAAGCACGUAAGUCAUGA